GGUUUAAAUCACUUAUAUCAGCCCUGGGUUCCAGUCUGCAUCCUCUGCUCUCCCUCUCUGCUCUCCCUCUCUCUGCAUCGGCUGGCGUAUUGGCUCUGGUGGACCUGGAAACUUAGAAAGGACUAGUCUCUCUCUCUCUUUCUCUCAAUUCCUCUCUCUCUCUCUCUCUCUCUCUCUCUCUCUCUCUCUCUCUCUCUCUCUCUCUCUCUCUCUCUCUCUCUCUCUCUCUCUCUCUCUGUGAGAGGGUUUGUCUUUAAGUGUCUAACUAGACAUCCCUGUCCCAAACUUGAAAAGUUUCCCCAGUUUCUGAAGCCACUGAACCCUAACAACCGUCACCAUGGAGGCCAUCAAGAAGAAGAUGCAGAUGCUGAAGCUAGACAAAGAGAACGCCAUCGACCGGGCGGAGCAGGCAGAGACCGACAAGAAAUCCGCUGAGGACAAAUGCAAACAGUUGGAAGAUGAACUGCUGGGGCUGCAGAAGAAGCUGAAGGGGACAGAAGAUGAGCUGGAUAAAUACUCUGAGGCUCUGAAGGAUGCACAGGAGAAACUGGAGCUGUCAGAGACGAAGGCUACUGACGCGGAGGGUGAUGUGGCGGCUCUGAACCGUAGGAUUCAGCUGGUGGAGGAGGAGUUGGACAGGGCUCAGGAGAGGCUGUCUACUGCCCUGCAGAAACUAGAGGAGGCUGAGAAGGCUGCUGACGAGAGCGAGAGAGGCAUGAAGGUGAUAGAGAACCGGGCCUCCAAGGACGAGGAGAAGAUGGAGAUCCAGGAGAUGCAGCUAAAGGAGGCCAAGCACAUCGCUGAGGAGGCUGACAGGAAGUACGAGGAGGUUGCUCGUAAACUGGUCAUCCUAGAAGGGGAACUGGAGAGGGCAGAAGAGAGAGCGGAGAUCUCUGAGCUUAAAUGUGGUGAACUGGAGGAAGAACUGAAAAAUGUAACCAACAACCUCAAGUCCCUAGAGGCUCAGUCUGUUAAGUAUUCAGAAAAAGAAGACAAGUAUGAGGACGAAAUCAAAGUGCUGAGUGACAAACUGAAAGAGGCUGAGACUCGUGCUGAGUUUGCAGAGAGAUCGGUGGCUAAACUGGAAAAGACCAUUGAUGACUUAGAAGAACACUUAUCCAGUGCAAAAGAAGAAAACUUGGAUAUGCAUCAAGUCCUGGACCAAACACUGAUAGAGCUGAAUAGUUUGUAAAGAAUUUCAGUGUAAUUAGAAACCAAAGAAGAAGAAUCAACAUUCCAUGAUUUUAACGCCACAUUUCUAAUGGCAUGUCCAGUUUUAGGUCUCAAUCGUGAAAAUACAUGUUGUGCUUUCCUACAGCUAUUUGUAAUUCUUGUUUUUCAUUCUCUUUUUAAUAUACUUCCAAAUACAUUUUAUAUUUUAUGUUUUGAUGUCCUUUCCUAGUGUAUGUCAUGAGUACAGUUCAUAAAUACAAUGAGCAUGUACUGACAGCUGUAGCUGGAUACCAAAACACUAGUAAACAUUCCUCUCUGACUCUAUCCAGUAAUGCUUGUAUCAGCUCUAUAGCUACAAUGGACCAUUUGUUUCACCGACAUAUUCUGCAAAAACAUUUUUGGGGUUGAAACGUCUGUGGUUAGCAAUAAAAAAAUAUAGAUAUAAUACAACUUUUAA